UUGGACGAUGAGAAAUUGGAUAUCAUUAAUAAUUUUAUUUUACCUGAAGCCGUGCAUUUUUGGGAACAAGCACUCAUGGUCCGUGAAACAAAGAGUACUAUUAGAUUGAGCAGGAAAUGCGAAAGUAGUCAACUCUUCGUUAAAAAUCAUCGCACUCACUGUAUAGAUGCCUGUCGACCUACUACAAUGUGCGGCGAUGUAGCUGUGCCUGAAAGUCAUCUUGACGUUUGUAGAACGUGCAAUGCAACAGGAUAUAAUUGCGGUAUAGCUGAAGGCAGCAAGGCAGGCCCAGGAAUAGAUGGCGCCGAUUUUGUCUUGUAUGUAUCCGCAAUGCAAACUGAAGGAUGUGGUAAAGCCGUAGCUUAUGCAGUGCAUUGCCAACAAGAAGAAGCAUUAGACAGGCCGAUAGCUGGACAUGCCAAUUUAUGUCCGAAAAGUAUUAGCACGAAACCGCAAGAGCUAGAGACGUUACUAAGUACCGUGAAGCACGAGAUACUACAUGCCUUAGGAUUUUCUGUAAGUCUAUAUGCCUUCUAUCGGGAUGAAAAUGGUGAGCCGAGAACUCCAAGAGGACAUGACACGGGAAAACCACUAUUAAACGAAAAAUUACAAACGCAUCAGUGGAGCGAAAAUACGAUCAAGACCGUGAUCAGACCAUACUGGCAAGUGCAUGGUAGCUACGUGGAAAGAUCGAUGCAAAUGAUAGUCACGCCAAGGGUUCGCGCUGAAGUUCAGGCUCACUUCAAUUGUCCAGAUCUCGAGGGUGCGGAGUUGGAGGAUCAGGGGGGUGAUGGCACAGCAUUAACACAUUGGGAAAAACGCGUGUUUGAGAACGAAGCAAUGACAGGGACACAUACUCAAAAUCCAGUUUAUUCAAGGAUAACCCUCGCUCUCAUGGAAGAUACUGGAUGGUAUAGUGCAAAUUACUCAAUGGCUCAGGAAUUGGGAUGGGGUAAAAAUCUUGGUUGUGACUUUGCAAUGAAAUCGUGCAAAGAAUGGAUAUCUUCGAAAUCAUGUCGAUUGUCAAGAAAAUCUAUUCAUCCUUUCUGUAAUAAAGUAAAGCGAGAUCCGUUACAAACCGAAUGUACCGAUGAUCGAAGUUCAGUGGCAUUGUGCAACCUAAUUAAAUAUCCACAAUCACUACCCAAGAAAUAUCAGAACUUCGACUCUAUACCUCAUGUACCAUCCGGAGAAGAACAAUAUUAUGGUGGUUCAGUAUCUCUGGCGGAUUAUUGUCCGUAUACUCAGGAAUUCACAUGGAGAACUCGAAAUAUAGUAGUUAGGGGGUCUCAUUGUCUUUUUGAAGAAAACAAUCCUAAUUCAGAUAAAAAUUUUGCUUUGGAAAAAUAUGGCCCACAUUCAAGAUGCUUUGAUCAUACAAAUCAAAUGUGGGAAGAAACUACUUGUAAACAAGUUCGACAAUGGCAGCAUUGGGGUUCUGGAUGUUAUCAAUAUAAAUGUGAAGCUGGUAGAUUACAUAUUAUGGUUGCAAAUUACACAUAUACGUGUUAUCAUGCUGGUCAAGAAAUUGCUAUUAGAAUAAUACAAAAUAAUUGGCUGCAUAAAGGUGCUCUAAUUUGCCCUCCCUGUAAAGACAUUUGUCAGGCGGAACUAAAAGAAAGAAAUGAAUUUUGUAAACCAGGAGAUGAACAUCCACCUGCGACGUUUUAUCACAGAGACAAUUUGUAUUGUGCGUCCGCAGGAACAUAUACAAAUUUAUCAUCAUUUGUUGUUUUAAUUUAUUUCUUUGUUUUUAGAUGA